AUGUCUGGAGGGGUGGGCAAAGGUCGCGAUGGAGGAGAGGAGCCAGGAUCCUUGCAGGGUGGGCAGCAACAGUCCAUGCACGGCGCAGGCCACUGCAAGUGGUUCAAUGUGCGGAUGGGCUUCGGGUUUAUAUCCAUGACUAGCCGUGGGGGAACUCCCGUAGAUCCUCCUAUGGAUGUAUUUGUUCACCAAAGCAAACUACACAUGGAGGGCUUUCGCAGACUGCAGGAGGGAGAGCCACUAGAGUUUACCUUCCAGUGGUCCCCCAGGGGCCUGGAGUCUGUACAAGUCACAGGCCCCGGGGGAGGCCCCUGCUCGGGCAGUGAGAGGAGACAGAAACCCAAACCCCCGGCCCCACCGCAGAGAUGGAAGCCAAAGGGAGACCGAUGUUAUAACUGUGGAGGACUAGACCACCAUGCCAAAGAGUGUGGCCUGCCGCCCCAGCCAAAGAAGUGCCACUACUGCCAGAGCGCGACGCACAUGGUGGCCCACUGUCCUCACCGGCCCCCCGGCCCCUUGUCUCCCGGCCCUGCCACAGCCACUCAGGGAAGACGCACUACUGUGGACCAGUACCCCUCUACCUUCACCACCACCUCCUACAGCCCCAGUCCCAGGCAGGGAAACAGGCACUCCCAGCCCUCUCAGGACAGUUCCUCCCCCCUCAGCAAGUCCUCCAGCAAGUCCUCCAGCAAGUCCUCCAGCAAGUCCUCCAGCAAGUCCUCCAGCAAGUCCUCCAGCAAGUCCUCCAGCAAGUCCUCCAGCUCUCCGGAAGACCCGGCACAGAUCCAGAGGAGAUCUGGAGGACACCACAGGUUGAAACAAUCCUGAUCCACAUCCACCAUGGACGGAUGCCACCUGUUAGUAUUACCUCUGGUCCAAUAAAACCACCUUCCUUCAGUCUGAUCAGUCUGCUCCUCACACAGACACAUCCUGAGCGUCCUCCUGAGCAACUUCCUGAGCAACCUCAAGCAGAUCCACAUUUCUAACCAAAUGGACAGUAAAGUAUCUAUUUUACUUCCACAAUCCCUCCCAGACUCUCCCUCUACCAAACGCUGUACAUCUUAGCUACCUCCUGGACCAACUCAAUCCAUCUCCACAUAGAUAGACCUAUAAUCUUAGUUCACCACCUGGGCCAAUUCAAUCCAUCUCCAC